AUGGCCCGGGGUACAGAAGAGAGACGACAAGCCGCUCCGGAGAGCUCCAAGGAAAAAGAGAUGCUGGCGCCCGAGGACGGCGCUGGCUCCAAAAAGAGCCGUGGACUCCUACCGGUGCCAUCUCGAUCUUCAUCACAGAGAAUCCAGCCGUCACCAACAACGACGGGCUUGAGCGGUGCGACUGCUGGCGAUCCCAGGGAGAGCAUUGGUGGACACUCCAAGGAGUCGAAAGGAAGUAUGUUAGGACGAAAUCGCAAUGGCAGCGCGUCUAGUAACCGUUUAGGCGUUGGAACAGGACCGACAGCUACGCCGGGCAAUUCCGAGCCCAGCUCGCCCGCGGCCGCAUCUCACAAGAAGAAGAAAGCCCCCGGAUUCCUCGCCAUCUUUGGGUGCUGUGGGGUGCCGGAUCACGCGAACGGCUUGGAUACAGAGCCCGAAGUGCCCAGUCACAAGCUCGAUAAGAUACCUGCUCGACCCGCGACGGCCAGCCGGAGGACCGCGACUCCUUCAGAGCAGCCUUCUAACAGCAAGACGCAGCUCUAUGAGAAAGAGUCGACCCAGCAACCGCAGACAUCCCAAGAAUCGUCAAAAAACGGAAAGCGUGUUUCUGGAACCAGCACACAAGACCAAUCUACCGUUGGCGGUGAGAGAGAUAACGAGUCCAAGCAGACGACUCUCGUUAGCGCCGGCUCGAGCAGUCCUGUAAUCUCGGUAGAAGCACCUCCAGCAACGAAUCCAGCCUCGCACCACGUUGACGAGGUUGUUUCUGAGAAGGACGCAGAAGGUGACGUUCCUAUGCCGGACGCUGACGCCGCACGGCAACAAGGGUCACAAUCAGCAGCGGGAUCUGCAGAUGAGCCCCAGGCAAGGACUGUCCCCACAUCUGCGUUGCCGGCUCCCCCUGUUCCCAAUGCCCCUAUCGUCACGGCAGUAGAGACGCCUCCUGUAUUCGUUCCCGAGCAGCCUCAGAGAUUUCUCCUGCCCCCUCAGGCACCCGAGUUCAAGGGCAAAAAAUGCCUGGUGCUUGAUUUGGAUGAAACACUAGUCCACAGCUCCUUCAAGAUUCUCCACCAAGCCGAUUUCACAAUACCCGUAGAGAUCGAAGGCAACUAUCAUAACGUGUACGUUAUCAAGCGGCCGGGCGUGGACCAAUUCAUGAAGAGAGUUGGCGAGCUUUAUGAGGUCGUUGUCUUCACCGCAUCAGUAUCCAAGUAUGGAGAUCCGCUCCUCGACCAGCUGGACAUUCACAAAGUAGUGCACCACCGACUCUUCAGAGAGAGUUGCUACAACCACCAGGGGAAUUACGUAAAGGACCUGUCGCAGGUUGGACGGGACCUGAAAGACACAAUCAUCAUCGAUAACUCCCCAACAUCAUACAUAUUCCACCCCCAACACGCUGUCCCAAUCAGUAGUUGGUUUUCCGAUGCGCACGACAACGAGCUAUUGGACCUAAUUCCAGUUCUCGAAGAUCUCGCCGACUCUAAUGUGCAGGACGUUAGCUUGGUCCUCGACGUCACUCUUUAA